AUGUCGUUUCCGACCCCUUCGUUUGCUCACUUGAAGAAGACGGAUUACGACAAUAUUUAUGAGCCUGCAGAAGACACUUUUCUGAUGAUGGAUGCGUUGGAGAAGGAUGCAGAAUUUCUAAAGGAGCAAAGGUACUACAGUCUUAGACUACUUAGUAUUUUCCACCCCUCGUGCAUCUUAUCGGAAGCUGGGUUUAAUUUUUGUGGUGUAGGUGUAGAUCAUGUUGAAAGUAUAAAGGUUAGGAUUCAAGUAAUAGGACCAUCAGUCACACCUCCACAUUGCGAAUGAAACGCUUCCUCCAUUUAAGGCGGUGCACAUUUCGCACACGAGCCUUCGUUCAUAUGAGAUGUGAGGGUAAAUAAAGUUACUCAUACUUAAGGUGAAUUACGUCUGGAACGCGGAAUACUAGUUUCCUCACUUCGGUGGCUUUAACUGCAGAAUACCUUGCCAUGUCACCUUCAAGCAACCCAAAAGGGGUGGGUACGCACCCGUAACGUAGCUUGUAUCAGCUUACAUACAGGUCAAAAUUAAAAUGUAUGAACAUAGGUUGAUUAUUAAUUUCCUUAGUCACCUGGCUCUUAAGCAUGAUAGAUUAGGGCAAGAAGACAAAGGAAAUUUAGAAUUAACCUAUUUAAAGUGAAAUAUAUUUUGAUCACUAACAUAACCACCUCGUAAAUAAAUUUAAAUGGUACCCACUACUUUAAUAGUAUCUGGUUAUCUGCAUAUUCCCUUUAAUAAACACUUAGUACAGCAUGUAAAGCAUAUAACUUAUGUGAACUUCGAUUUUGGUAAAAAAGAAAAAGCAUAAAGGAGUGACUGGCUCUUUCAGGGAUACAUCUUGGAGGAGGCAGAAUAUUCUGCGGACUUUAUGUUAUUUCUGCCAAAAUGGUGUCCUCCAUAGUAAAGACAUAGAACUGUAUUUUGUUUAAAUUACAGACCACUUUUGUGUGUAGAGAUAGGCUGUGGCUCUGGUGCGCUGAUAACAUUUUUGGCCUCCAUACUUGGACCAUUAUCCUACUACAUGUGAGUCAAGGUGCAUUUUAUAGUCCUCCAUGUUUGUGAGUACUUUCACUGAGCUACAGCAGGAUUAAAUAGCAUUUUAAUUCAACAAGCCCUAGGAUUUCAGGGAAGCCCAGGGUGUGUGCAAAGAAAGUCAGUUUUACAGCUUGCCAUUCGGACAAGCUGUAGCUAGAAUGUACUAGCCCAAGAGUCACUUUAAACAGCCCAAAAACUUUUUUUGAUGAGCAGGAUUGAUUACUGUGAAUUCACCAAAAAACUUUACCUGCCCAUCGGGCAAGUUGAGAAGAGAAUUCACUAGCCCAGUAACAAAAUCCACUAGCCCCAGGCUAUUGGACACCACUUUCUGUGCACACUGAACUGAAGCCAUAAACCAGUAUAUAAUGUAUAAUGCUUUUUGGGAAUGAUUUAAGAUGGAACUGAUAGAUGCUAAACAUAAUUCAGCUUCAUAUGAGUCAUAACUAAAGAAUUGCCCUACUAGUUAAGUAUCUAUGUGAAAAAAAAAAUUCUGUAAAAUUAAUGUACCCCUAAGGCUGAAAACUUACUUGGUUCCAUUAUUUUAAGACCACAGUAACAACAUGGUACCGGAAACUUUCAUUACCUUGAAAUCCUAGGGCUUGUUCAAAGUAGAAGGGAUGGGGAGAUGUGUGUGAGAAUGUGAUCGCACAUACAGCACCCUCACAGGUGCACAGUCAUCUCCCUUCACUCUAAUUCUUUGACGGUUGUCCAAAUCAAUGCCAUUCUGUUUCCCCACAGGCAAAUCUCAUUUGUUAUCACUCUUCCAAAUUUAAUAUCCUAGCUUAGUCAUUUGUUGCAUGUGUCAAUUUUUGAUUGCAAGUAGUUUAUAGUCUCUAAGUAUCCUCCAAUAUUGUUAAAAAAGGUAUUCUGCCUUGGGCAGCACUAAGACAUCAACAUUCACCUGUAGGACCUAAGGACCUAGGACCCCCACACAUAAAUUCUAUGCCUGAAUAGCAUCCUGUUGCAUGUCCAAGAUUUUCAAAAGAUUAGUUGAAACCCACAUGAUUUUAAUUUCCAUAAUCCUGUGAUAAUUCAAUGUUAAUGUAUGUUAAUUAUAAUUAGUUUUUUUUUCUAUUUGCCCAGUGCUACGGAUAUUAACCCAAUUGCUGCUCAGUGUGCAUUGCAAACAGCUAAGGAGAAUGGCGUGAAUAUUUGCACUGUCAUUACUGACUUGGUAAGCCAGUUAGUCCAUUUACCCCCAAUAGUGGCCAUUAAAAGGGAAAAAUUUACAAAAAUAUACAUUUUCCUUGUUUGUCUCACUUGCCUUAGCUGUGAGACUAAAAAUGCAAGCAUUUCUUUCCUUUUUUUUUCAUGUGUGUGUGCUGUGUGUGUUUCAAAGUUAAAGCGACAAAUAAUCUUGCCAAAAUGCUGUCUAGAAGAAAAUUUUCAAUCUUUCCAUUACUACUACUAUGUGUUUAACAAUGCACUUUGCACUCCAUUUAAAUUAGUUUUUUUUACAUGUUUGAUAUUUGCCUUUCCAGGUGGAAUGUCUUGUUCCACAAAUUCUUGGAAGAGUUGAUGUAUUGAUAUUUAACCCGCCUUAUGUUGUUACACCAUCUGAGGAGGUAUGACAAGGUUUCUAUUUGUUAGAACUGUUUGUUUUAAAAUUCAUGCAUUAUUUAAAGUGUGUAUUUCAUUAUUUUUGGCUUUUUAGGUUGGAAGUCAUGGUAUUGAAGCAUCUUGGGCUGGAGGGAAAGAUGGAAGAGAGGUAAAGAUGGACAAGAUAAAAAAUCAUUCGUAAAAAUACAGUACAUGAAACACAUUGUGAUAAAAAGCUCCAGGCGGGGGUCUAGAAGGGUCCAACCCUCUUGCCUUUUUUACCUUGCAUUCGCAGGUGACUGGGUGGACUUGGGUUACUAAGGUGACUAGGGUAACUAGAGCGACUUGGUUGACAAGGGUGAGUUGGGUGACUACAUGUAGGUUGACUAGGGUAACUUGGGUGACUUGAGUGACUUGGGUGCUUACGGUGACUAGGGUGACGAUGGUGACUGGGAUGACUUGGGUGAGUAGGAUGACUUGGUUAACUAGAGUGACUAAGCUGACUUGGGUGACUUGGGUGACUAGGGUGACUAGAAUGACUUGGGUGACCAGGGUGACUAGGGUUACUAGGGUGACUUGGGUGACUAGAUUGACUUGGGUGACUUGGGUGACUACUGACUGAGGUGAUUCGGGUGACUAGGGUAACUGGGGUGAUUUGGGUGACUUGGGUGACUAGGGUAACUUGGGUGACUAGGACGACCAGGGUGACUGCAGUCACUUGAUUGACCAGGGUGACUGGGGUAACUGGAGUGACUUGGAUCACAAGGGCGACUUUGGUGACAAGGGCGACUAUAAUGACUGAAGGUGACUAGGGUGACUGGUGUGACUAUGGUGACUUGGGUGACUUGCACGACCAGGAUGACUUCUGCAACUUGGGUGACUAGGGUGACUUGGGUGACUGGGGUGACUAGGGUGACUAGGCUGACUAGGGUGACUUAGGUAACUGGGGUGACUUGCAUGACUAGGGUGACUUCUGUGACUUGGGUGACUAGGGUGACUAGGCUGACUAGGGUGACUUAGGUAACUGGGGUGACUUGCAUGACUAGGGUGACUUCUGUGACUUGGGUGACUAGGGUGACUAGGCUGACUAGGGUGACUUAGGUAACUGGGGUGACUUGCAUGACUAGGGUGACUUCUGUGACUUGGGUGACUAGGGUGACUAGGCUGACUAGGGUGACUUAGGUAACUGGGGUGACUUGCAUGACUAGGGUGACUUCUGUGACUUGGGUGACUAGGGUGACUAGGCUGACUAGGGUGACUUAGGUAACUGGGGUGACUUGCAUGACUAGGGUGACUUCUGUGACUUGGGUGACUUGUGUGACUAUGGUGACUUGGGUGACUGGGGUGACUUGCACGACUAGGGUGACUUCUGUGACUGGGGUGACUUGGGUGACUAGGGUGACUAAGGUGACUUGGGUGACUGUGGUGACGAGGGUGACUGCAGUGACUGCAGUGACUAGAAUGACUAGGGUGACCUGGGUGAUUAUGAUGACUAGAGUGACUAGGGUGACCUUGGUGACUUUGGUGACUAAGGUGACAGUGUUAUCCCCUACUCUCUAGGUUCCUUUAAAAUUAAAAGUGUGUUGAAGAUAGGUUUUGAUGAGGGAAUUUGAGGAUAUUUAAUGGUGAGGAUGAUAUUUAAGUGUUGCAUUUUUUUUAAAGCAAGCAAGAAAUCUAUGCACUUCUUAUGGUGGUCAAUUCUAUAGACUCGCCCUAUUUUGUUUUGCCUUAGGUUAUGGAUCGCCUGCUUCCACUUGUUUCCACACUUCUGUCCAACUUUGGUUGUUUUUAUCUGGUGACUGUAGCUGAGAAUAAACCAGGUAUAUACUGUGUUGAUUAG